UAUAAUGAACAACACGUGUAAUUAACCUCUCCACCUCUCUGUUAUAAAGUAAAUUAAACUUAAAAUAUAAAAAUGUCAAAGUUAUUGAAACCAACAAAUCAAGUACGUUUAACCAACGUUGCAAUAGUUCGUUUAAAGAAAGGUGGGAAAAAGUUUGAAAUAGCCUGCUACAAACAUAAAGUGCUACCAUGGCGAAAUCAAUUGGAACAAGAUAUUAAUGAGGUAUUGCAAACGCAAACUAUAUUUUUACACGUCUCCAAAGGGCAGGCAGCUAAAAAAGAGGAUUUGAUCAACAUAUUUAGAACGAACGACUCCACAGAAAUAUGUAAGGAGAUACUGAAAAAUGGUGAGCUUCAAAUUUCUGAUAAGGAUAGGCAAUCUCAAAUAGUAUCUCUUACGAAAGAUAUUGCUACAAGUAUUGCUGAUAAAUGUGUUAACCCUAACACAAAACGACCUUAUCCUGUAAGUGUUAUAGAGAAAGCUAUGAGAGAUGUACGCUUUUUUGUUAACGUUAACAAAAGUGUUGUACAACAAACUCUCCAUGUUAUAGAACUAUUGAAAAAGGAAAUACGCCUGCAAAGGGCACAAAUGAGAGUAAGAAUCUUAUUAACUGGAAAAGGUGCAAAUAAAAUUAAAAAUAAAAUAAUACAUUUAGUAUUGAGUAUUGAAGAAGAAUAUUGGUAUUCUGAAACGGCUAAUAUAAUAUGUUUAAUUGAACCUGGGAAUUUUAAAAAUUUGGAUGCUAUGAUCCAAACAGAGACAAAAGGGAAUGGACAAUUUGAGUUGUUAAACUUAAUAGAGAUGUUAGAAGAAGACAUUUUGUAAAAUAAAUAAGCUGUCAUUCACAAUAUUACAUAUAAAUUUCCUUUGAUUUACCUAUUCGUUUGAGGCCAUUAUCCAAAUAGUAUCCCUUACGAAAGAUAUUGCUACAAGUAUUGCUGAUAAAUGUGUUAACCCUAACACAAAACGACCUUAUCCUGUAAGUGUUAUAGAGAAAGCUAUGAGAGAUGUACGCUUUUUUGUUAACGUUAACAAAAGUGUUGUACAACAAACUCUCCAUGUUAUAGAACUUUUGAAAAAGGAAGGGAAUGGACAAUUUGAGUUGUUAAACUUAAUAGAGAUGUUAGAAGAAGACAUUUUGUAAAAUAAAUAACCUGUCAUUCACAAUAUUACAUAUAAAUUUCCUUUGAUUUACCUAUAGUGUUUCACAUUUUCAAGUGAAUAUAAUUCUCUUACUUUACUAUUAAAUAAAAUUGAUAUGGUCGCUAAGAAAUAGCGGUAGUUCAAGGCUUUUAUGCAUGACGCUGGAACAAAUUGCCGCAACAAAAUUACCAACCAAUUGUUAUUGAAGAAAAGAAGACAUACAAUGACAAUAAUACUUGGAACAACUUCGCCUUAGAAGAUAGCAUUAUGAACAAAACAUAGAAGUCUUAUUUGUGCUUGCUUUGUGUACACAAAGUUUAGUUUUGGAAUGCAUGAGUGAAUAUUUGUUUAAAAUUAAUUUGUGUCAAUCAAUAUUUUUUUUUAUACUUUUCAGUAUAAUAUUGAAAACAUAAUGAUUUUGUUUAAUAUAAAUAUUAAA